AUGUCCACCUACGACUCCCUCCACCGCCAAUGCCGCACCCUUGAGUCCCUCUUCGAUACCAAGCUCACCUCCUACUCUCGCCUCGCCUCCACCGUCUCUCGCGGCCAGGACGAUAUCGAGGCCAACGGCUCCACCGAGCGUUGGAGGGACCUCGAGGCUGACGUCGAUGAGCUCCUCGAUAAGCUGCGUGAGAUCAACGACCAGCUGUCCGCCCUGGCCAGCGACACGGAGAACCCGCCAUCGCAGUCUAUGCUGCGUGCCAUUCAGCGGCACCGUGAGGUCUACCAGGACUAUGCGCGCGAGCUGCGCAGGACAAAGACGAACGUGCAGGCCGCGCUCGACCAGGCGAAUCUCCUCAGCGGCGUGCGGAAUGAUAUCGAUGCGUACAAGUCGUCCGCUGCUGACGCGCUUCUCGCGGAGCGCGGGCACAUCGACAACUCACACCGCAUGACGGACGACAUCCUUGCACAAGCAUACGAGACCCGCGCCGAGUUCUCUCGCCAGCGAGUGACCAUCUCCGGGAUCAGUACGCGCAUGUCUGGUGUCCUCAACACCAUCCCCGGCGUAAACAACCUCAUCUCGAUGAUCAAGUCCCGCCGGCGGCGCGACUCGAUCAUCGUCGGCUGCGUCAUCGGCGUGUGCAUCAUCCUCCUGUUGAUGUAUAUGUUCUGA